AUGCUGGAUCAGUUAUUCCCUGCUGUCAGGUCCGAUCGACGAAAGAUUGACAUUUGUGGAAGCUGCAAACAUGCAUACCGCCUUAGCUUAACGUCGUCGGUUAACGUUACUCUGGGCACUAUCUUUCCCCGGAAGCAGCUCGGACCAAGCUUUCGCCUCGUCGGAUUAUCUUGA